AUGCGAAUCCCCUAAGCUUAUUAUGAAAGUAUGGUUAAGAGAUACAAAAAAUCUAAGCAUUCUGAUCAAACUGAUUACUCUUGGAUUGAAACUACUAACAAACCUCUUACAGAAAGAAUUUCAGAUUUUACAUCAUGCGAACAAUUGUAAGAUCCUAAGUAUAUACGCAUCAUUUGUGAAACUAUUGACACAAUAUUUGAAGCAGCUAUUGCUUUGUUUUAAGACUAAGAUCAAACCCUCUGCUUACAAUUACUUGGUGUGUGCGAUUCUAUUUAAAUUUGGAAUUUGUGUUUAUAGUGUUGUGAUUACAUAAUAAAUUCAGCAAACCAAAAAAUAAGUAUAUCUAUAAUAAUAAUCUAAAGUUGACAUGUUUUUUAGUUAUGAACAUAUUUUGACACUUAUAUUUCACAACCCAGAUUAUGACAUACAAAAAAUAUAUAAACUGGUUUAAUGCAUGUAAUUUCUUAUCGAAUCUAUGAAUACAUCUAAAGCAUGCAAAUUUAAAAGUAUUUCUUUGAUCUAUUCAUUUUAGUUGAGUAAUUUGAAAGAGUCUUUUUAAAAUUCAUGUAUAUUAGCGCAUUUUUAUAAAAGAAUAUAUAUAAUUUGUCAGAUUAGGAAUUGUAGGAAUUGUUUCAAUUUUCAUGUGAAAAUACCAAUCUUAAAGUCACAAUACCCACUGAUGAUAUGAAUAACUAUUAAAGAUAUUUAGAAAUGAGUAAUUUCAAAAAAAUGCUCAAGUCUCCACCAGUAAUCCUAGAAAUUCCUUUUGAUUAUACUAAAAAUCCAUUAGAGCAAAGUUUGUAGAUAGCAACAGAAAUUAAAAUCUAAAAAGAUAGUAUCCUUUUUGAUUAGAUAUUUAUUCGAUUACUUUGUUAAUAUUCCUUUGAUGAAUAAGUAUUAUAGAAGAUGUUCAUUAAUAAUUAUGUAUUUCAUUAUAGAUGCAUGUUUUCAGAUUUGCAAUUGUUUAAUUAAAAAUAUAUGUAAGAUAUUACGAAUAGGAUGAUUGAUCAAAAAGAUUAUUUAUUUUUAUUAAUAAGAAUGAUAGCUAGUAAUAAAGAGGAAUCUCUAGAAGAUACUUUAGUGGAAAGUCUUUAAUUUAUUAAAUCUAAAUAAAUCUAAUUAUAUGAAAAUAACAUCUUCUUGGAGAAAUUAUGGUUAUUUGAAUUAUAAGGCAUCUAAGAUACAUUAGUUUGGUGGAAAAAAGAACUGUAAAUUAGCGAAGGCAAUUUUUAUGAUAAUAGAAUGAAUUUAAAUGUUAAACUAUAAAAAUUAUUCUUCCAGCAAUUGUCUGAUCAAUAAUUUACAUAGAUAUUCAAAAAAUAGCCAAAUUAUACAUAAUGGAAUUUCAUUAUAAUACAAAUUAUUAGAAAAUCUUUUGGAUAAGAUGGAGAAACAAAAUUGCCAUUUUACAUUUUAAAUCCAAUAUUAAGUUAUUGUGUAAGUUUGAUAACAGAGUUACCUUGCAAUAACUAGAAUUAAUAAUUAGAUUAUCAUUUAGAAAGUUAGAUAAUAUAAGGUUUAUUAGAGAUACUCAUGAAUUGUAAUAAGAAAUAAUAAAUUUAAUUAUAAAUUAGGGCAAUUUAAUUGUUAAAUCAAUUAGUUACAUAUUAUAAAUAAGAAUUUGAUUAGGUAUAGUUAUAGAAUGCCUAAUCUGAAUUUCUAAUGCCAGUACCAGAACGAUAUCACAAAUUGCUUGCUGAGAUUUGGUCAAACAGAAUUUUGGAAGAUACUCUACAUUCAUCUGAACUGAAUGAAACAUUAUACACUUAUUUAUUAACCUUGUUAGCUAUAACAAUGGGAGAGAAUCCUGCCAGAGUAAGAUAAUUCUAUGAAAACAAUAGUCUAUAAUAUUUGAUUAAUAGAAUUAUUGAUUUAUUAAAGAUUUGUUCAAGAGCAUCUUAAUUAAUAGUAACAAUAAUAAAUUUAUUAAUUGCCAUAAGUACCAAUGAAUAAGCAAUAUCAUUAACCUUAUAGUCUAAUAACAAUGGAGAUUAAUAAUAAUAGGAUAAUUUAAUAAAACGGAUAUUUAUUAAGUGUUAUUUGCCUUCAAUUGAGUUAUUACAUGAUCCUACUGUAAGUGAUGAUUUUGCAAAGAAAAUUAUUAUGCUUUAUAGUUAGAGUAUGUUGGCAAAGAAAUAAAUUGAGAAGGUGAUAGAAAAUACAUUUGUACAGAUAUCAUAAUUAGUAGAUCUUAGAAAAGAUAAGAUCGAAGAAAUAGUUAGCAACCAGGAAAAAUUAUAAUCAUUUUACAGUUAUUCAAAAAGUUUGUAAGCCCUAUUGCAAUUGUUCAUGUAAUUACAACCGGAGAAGAAAUCUUCAUAUCGAUAAUUUUAGGGAUAUGAAGAAUUACAAUUAGAAGAGGCUUAGAGAUAAAAAGAUUUAUUAUUUAAUUCACUUUUGAAAAAUCAAAAAUUUGUUGAAGCAUUAGAGAAGAUAAUAAUGAGUCCAAUUCUGAUAGGUAGUAAAAAUAAGGAUACAUAUGUUGAACAUUAUGUAGGUAUUUUAUGUAAGAAGAACAAGUUGAAUCCAUAUACAUCAUUAUAGAAGGAAUUGGAAUUGAUUUCUUAAAAUUAUAUGAUGAUAGGUGAUCAAAAGAUUAUUGAUAUAGGUAAGUUAGUAGAUUAUGAUGCUUUAUCAAUUCAUAUGAGUGACAAAUAUUUUUUUAGGAAAAUCAUAAAACAUAUCUCUCCUUAAACUUAUAGAGGCUUCUAUAUUUUAAGUCGUUUCCAUUUGAUUCAUUAUUUGAUUAAGAUGUGUGUGAAUUAGGGAGUCACAUAAAAUUAAGAUACUCAUUUAAUGAUAUCUUAAUUAUUGGAGAUCUACUUUUUAUCAUCAUAACAUGCAGGUUUUCAUGAAUCAAUAAUAAUGUUUAUGUCUGCUAAAUAAUAGAUGCAAAAGAGUCAAACGAGUUAUGAUGAAGAUACUUAAAUAAGAAGAAGGAUUAGUAAAGAUAAUUUGAUACCAUUAUAAUCAUCUUGUUUGGAUUUGAUUGGAAAGUUGUAGUAACAGCCUGAAUAAAAAGAAUAUGUAAUUAAGAAAUAUGGUGAAAUCUCUUAACUUUUCAUUUAGAAUAUUCAAGAGAAAUUUUAACUAAUCAAGUAAGCACAAGGAAUAUAAAUUAUAUCUCUUGUUACUUAUUUACAAGAUAUGUUAAAAUCAUUUAAAUUCCUCUAAAAUUUAUUUGUUAAUUUAGAAUAAUAGUAUCAACCUUUACAUUUUACAAUUAUUUGCUUUUAGAAUAGCAAUUUCUUUUUAUAAUUGAUUGAGAUACUCCAAUAUUUAGAUAGUGUAUAAAGAUAACAACAAUAUAAUGGAACUAAAGAUUAGGAGAUAAUUAAGAAGAUUUUACCAGGAUUUAUUGAAGCUAUACAUUAACACAUUGAUAGCAUUAUUAAAUUAUUAAUUUUUAAGAAGAUUGUAAUAGAUAAAAUAUAUUUGAGUGGUUAUUAAAUCUAAGAUUCAUAAUAAUUAGAUUUAGUAUGUAAUGAACUUUUUUUGGCUUAAGCAUCAACAGUAAACUAAAUGAUUGAUUAACUUUUAUAUAAUAAUUGUGAAGGCAAUUUAAAAACUUUGUUAGAGUAAUUAAUAUAGAGAUUUUAUUCAAUUAAAGAUCUUUAAGUUUAGGAGAUGAAGAAAUAAGCUGGAGUUGAAUCUCAGGAGUAAAUAAUUACAAAUUAGGAUCUUUCUUAAAUGUUAUCUGGAAAUGAAGUAAGGUAGGAAUAGAGAAGAUCUUUGUUUGAUAGACCUGAGAUCUAAGCUAUCAUUAAUGAUAUAGUGGAUAUGGGAUUUAAAAAGGAAUUAAUCAAAAAAGCCAUUUAAAGAAUUGAAAUUCCAGAACCUACUAUGAUUAUUGAUAUGUUGAUAAAUGAUAGAAUUUCUGAUGAUGAAGAAGAAUAAGAUGAUCUUUUUGAUCAAGAAUUAAAGAAUGCUUAAUAAAAUCAAUUAAUCAUGAAUCAGUUGAAUUAAGAAAGAUUAAAAAUUGAAGCUGAAUUAUAAAGACAGGAAAAGUAAAAAGAAAUCUAAGUUUUGGAUUAAGAAAUAUUUAUGAAUAUUUUAUUACAAAAUUUUCCAUAGGCUAAUUCUUAAUUAAAUAUUUCUGAAAGGUUUUUGGCAUUAAUUAAUGAAUUCUAAGUUAAGUUAGAUCUCAACCUUAAUAAACUAUUAGAUUAAUAUUUAAAUAACUAAAAACCAGGUGGCAAUUUAUUUGAAUAUUUAUUUACUAUUGCUAAGAAAUCUUAGCAUAUAAAUAAAUUAUUAGAAUAUAUUUUCAUGUUCUUAAAUUCUUUAAAAUAAGAUUAAUCAUCAUAAAAUAUCAAUACAACAUUGAUAUAAUAUUAGAAGGUCUUAUAAUGGUUAAACUUAUUAUAAUCGAUUGCUUCUUCCGAACAUGAAAAGAUAUAUUAGAAUUUAGCUUUAAUUGAUCAAGAACCAUAAUAAAAGCAUGUACUUUCAUUUUAAUCCAUGAUUACAUUAGGUUUUGCAAUGAGUAAUGAUAUUUUUGAUUAAUUUACAAAGAAUGCACAAAAUGAACUUUAAUAAUUAAAAUAACUUAAGAUUUCAGAAUUAAACUAUUAAGAAAUUUGUCAACAAGUAGCAACUAUAACAAAUAAUCUUAAUAACUUGUAUGAAAAUAAAUAAAUUACAUUUAAAUUAUUUUGUAAAGAGAUAUAAGAGGCAUAAAAGUAUCUUACAAAGUUUAUUUUAAAUUAACAAAACAAACAUGAUUAGCUAAUAGAGAGAUAUUGGAGUUAAAUACUUAUAUACCUUGAAUUUUUAAUUUAAAUUUGCACAAUAAAUCUAGAAUUGUAAGAAUAAACAUAGUAAACAUAUAAUUUCCUUGAAGAAUUGGAUAAUCAAAUUAAUAACAAUUAAUUCUUAAAAGAAUAAAGAGAUUAAUGUUAAAAUAUGAUAUACUUGAGAUAAUUAAUUUAAAGAAGAUUUAUAUCAGAUAGACAAUUGAUUACAUAAUUAUUAUAAUGUUUAAAUAAUUAUGGACUCCAUAAUCAAAGUAAGUUGUUCAACAUAUUAACUAAAAAACAAGGAAAUGAUAAAUAAUCACUUUUGGAAACCCUUUUACAAUUAAAAAUGUAUACCAGUCACUUGGAAUAUGAAGAGUCUUAACCAGUAUUUCUUGAGAAUUUAAUAUAUUUAAUUGCAGUUGAUAGUAAAACUGCAAAUGAUUUAAUAAUGUAACUUUUGAAAUAAGUAAUGCUAAAUGAACAUAUAGAUUGGCAUGCUUAAUAAUUAAAAAAUGCUGAAGAACUUAUCUAAAUACAAUUUCCAUAAAAAUAUAUUGAAUGUCCAUUGUAAUAUUUAGUAUAAUUUCAUCCUGUUUUAAUAAAUAAUCCAAUAGUUUAUAAUAUGAUGAUAGAAUAAUAAGGAUUAUCAAUUACAGAUAAAUUUUCUGAAUUACAAAGAAUUCAUAAUCCAAUUUAAUCGUAAGCAUAACCUAAAGGAAAAUUGACAAAAGAAUAAGAGAAAUUGUUGAAAGAGAAGGAAAAAGAAUAGUAAAGUUAACCAUAGACUGAAAUUGUUAUCAGAUAUGAAAUUGAUUAAAUAAUAGAGCCUUAGUUGAAUGAAAAUUUCAUAUAUUUAGUGAAUAUUAUUGCUCAAUAAACAAUAGAUAGAUUUUUUGAAGAAAACUAUAGAUUGAUAGAGUAAGUAUUUAAAGUGGAGUUGAGCUAAUAUAAAGAUGAUAAUAGAAUCUAUCUUUAUGGUUGGGACUAAUUAUUGAGAAUAAUUGAAAUGCUUAUAAUUAAGGUUCCUUAAUUGAUAUUACAUUUAAGGUAAUUGUAAGUAGUCUUACCACCUUAAUUAGAUGAGAAAAAGAUUACUUUUAUAGAAUUUGUAAUUAAAUAUUUGACUUGGGUUGGGGGUGAUAAAUUAGCUAAUUUUAUGCAUAACUAUUUAAAUGAUAUUAAUUUAUUGUCUAUUGGAUAUGGAGUCAUGAUUGCUUAAGAAGUACUGUAGUUACUUUUAAAUGAAUUAUCAUUUGAUAUUGAUUAGGAUCAAAUGUUAUAGAAAUAUUAUCAUAUAUUGUAGUUAUUAAUCUUGUUUACAUAGACAUUAACAAUGUAAAAUUGUUGCAUGAUUUUAACAGAUUAAAGAUCAAGAUUAAACAUAAUUCCUCAAUUAGUUAAUACUUUAAAUUCAAUAAAGAAUUGUGAAAAUAAAUAAUUUGUUAAAACAUAUCAACAAACUAUAGCCAAGGUUAUAGAGCCAUUUUUAUAAUCAUAAAUAUAUUAUGAUCAUAUUAAAUCUGGAAAGUAUGGAGAUAUAUUUAGAUUGUAAUAAAGUAUUACAGAUAAUCCAUUUUAGUAUCAUUAUUUGCAUUGUUUAAAAAAUCAAUUGAUUUCUUAUUCUCUCUAUCCAAACUUUAAGAGUGUUUCAGGAUCAGCAUAACAUUUCAUUUCUCAUUAAUAAGUUUAAUAAACUUUAAAGGAUGAACAUUAAUAAGAAUUGAUUUGGCCAUUGUAUCAAUCUAAAAAAAGUUACAAUAAUUAGAAAUUGAAUAAUUAAAAACAAUAAGAAGAAGAUGUAAGUGAUUCAGAUUCAGAUUAAGAUAUACUUUAAGUUGAUAGUAAUCAAAUCAAAUAUAAGGUUAAUCACUCAAAUAUUAAUUCUUGGGGUUCUGAUUACUAUUUUUAUGAUAAUAAUGAUUUCAUGUCAAAAUAUAGUAUGAAUCGAGAUGAUGAGCGUUUGUAAAGAGAUAAUCAAUAAAAUAUCUUUCCUUAAAAGGAUCUUAAUAUUCUAUUUUGCAAAGUUGAUCCUCACAUUAUUAAUUUUAAUUUACCUGUCUUAACAAUUACAAAAUCUAACAUUUAAUAUACAUCUAAUGAUUAUAAAUAAUGGAUUACAUCAAUUGUUGGUCUAUAUUAUAGUUUAAAUGAGUAUUUUGAAAAUAAAAAAACAUUAAUUUCAAAAUCUUAUGAAAAUUAACUUAAAAUAACGGUUGAAUUUAUUCAUUAAAUCAAUAGAUUAUUAUUAUCCUCUAAUUAUUAUAGAAACAAAUAAAAUGAAUAAUUACAACAAUUUUUAUCCUAUUAUUUGAAUGGAACAUUAAAUCACUUAUAAGUUUAAGUAAGUGCUUCAUGUUUCUAUUCUAAGUUUGGUUAACCACCAAAUUAAUUAUAGCAAGACUAUUAAGCAAAUUAAUUAUCUGUCAAUAGUAAUGAAUCAUAACAAUAAUAACAUAGAAUUUUAUGUUAGAUUACUUGUAACAUUCUAUAAAGUAGAGUUGUUCUGAAUGGCAUGCCUAAUGAAUUAUAAGAUUAAAAUUUACUUAAAGCAAAACUAUAGAGUUUAUUACAUCCAGAAGAACAUUUAAUAAAUUAGCCUAUAAUCUUAUAAAUUCCUAAAAGACAAUUAAUAGAAGCUGAUCCUUAGUAAUUAUAAAUCUAUGAUAAUUUGGUUCUUGAAAUGUUUAUUAAUCUAUUACUUGAUUAAAAUAAUUUCCCAUAGUUUCCUUUUAAUUUGUUUAGAUAACUAAGUAAAUGUUCUAGACUUGGAUUCAAAUUGCUAAUUUAAUUGCUAUUAUUAUUUUAAGAAUAAAAAAAUAACUUAGAUCUAACUUUAAAGAUCUUAUAUAUGGUAAGCUAAAAAAUUCCAUCUACAAAUUUAAGAGAUUUAUUAUCUGAAUAAUUAUAAAUUAGUCCAAUUUUAAAUAAAAGAGAAAAGGCAAAUCUUGCUAAAGUCUAAGAAAUUAAAGAAUAAUUUGUAAUAGAAGAAGAAGAAAAUGUAGAUGAAUAACCUUUAGAUGAAGAUCCUGAUAAUCCUCUUGUCUCCCUAAUUAAUUAAAUUAAUGUAUAUUGUGAGAAAAAUAUCUCAUUUAUGAAACUAUUUCAUAAUCCAGAAUCUUAUAUUCCUUUAGAAAAAAGUAUAAUUAAUUUAAUAUAAUAGAUAUACUUCUGACUCCUUUAUUAGCAAAUUAAACUGGAAUGCAUUUAUCCUAUUUAAUUUAAAUUAUACGAGGUUCUUUGAUGCUUAAUAAUGAAGAUCCAAAAGAUAAUAAUAAAAAAUAUGAUGAUGAUUAUUUAUCAAAAAUAUAAAGAAGAUAAGCUACAAUAUUUAAUAUUUGUAGUCAAGAAGAAAAUAACAAUAAAUUAUUUGAUCUUGUCUCCAUACUAAAUAAACAUGAAGAAGAAAUUCAUCUAUAAGAUUUAAUCUCUAAAACAUUUGCAGAUAGGUAUUCAGAUAAAUAAUAAGAUAAUGGUGAAGCAUUAUCCUAUUUUCAUAAAUAACCUUUUUCUUAAAGAUAAAAUGAACUAUAAUAAUAAUAAUAAUAAUAAUAAUAAUAAUAAUAAUAAUAAUAAUUAUAAUAAUAAUAAUAAUAAUAAUAAUAAUAAUAAUAAUAAUAAUAAUAAUAAUAAUAAUAAUAAUAAUAAUAAUAAUAAUAAUAAUAAUAAUAAUUAUAAUAAUAAAGAUUAGCAAUGCCAAAUACAUCUAUAUUUUCAAUGCCAUUAACUUUUUAAUCUUUAAAUGGAUUACCUUAAGUACCUCAAUCAUUGCCUCCUCCUAUACCUUCAAUUUCAAUACUUUAAUAACAACAAUCAUUAUUAUAAUCGUAUUAAUAAUCAAGUUAAAAUUAUUAAUAACAUCUUUAAUAAUAAUAAUUUAGAUAAGUUUAUGAAAAGUGUAUUAGAGGAAAUGAUGAUUAAUAAAACAAUUCAUAAAGUUAAAAUGAGCAAAUGUAAAAAAAACAUCAAUAACUUAAGCAUUAUUAUGAAAAUAUUUUAUAAUAAAAAUAGUAAUAACAAAUAGAACAAUAAUAAUAAUAGGAAGAAAAAUAAAAAGAAUAAAUUCAAUAAUCAUAGGAAUAAUAAGAAGAAAAAAAUGAAAAUCUAGAAAAUACUGAAUCAGAUAGUAAGCUUUAAAAAAGAGAAAGAAAAGUAAGUGUCAAGAUCUCACAUGUUGAAAUAGAUAUAAUUACAGCAUUAUGCAAGAUUCUAAGUAACUCUUUACUUCGAGAUUGCAAUUCUACUGAAAUUAUUAAUGUACUUAAUACAUAUGCAAAUGAUAAAUUAAAAAUAGAACAUGCUAUAAAUGAAUUGACAAAAUAUAUAAUUUAACAAUCAAAAAUAUUCAACUAAGAAUUAGAUAGAAAAAGAAAAUAAUUAAGAGAAAUCACUAGUUAAAGAGAGAAAGUGCCAGAAUAUGAUCCAGAAAGAUAAUAAUAGUUGUCUCAAUAGGAGAAUGAAAUCAUAAAAGAACUUAAUUAAAAAACACCUGAUCCUACUGUUAUUCAAAGAUGUUUUAUAGCAAUUACAGGAUUUUUGAAUAUGAAUUUAAAUGUUUAAGAGUAAUAAAAAUAGUCUACAAACAAACCAAGUUCUACAUAAACAAGAUAAUAAAUUUAAUUAGAUAAAAAAAAGUUUAAAAUGAAUUAAUAAGGAAAAUAAGUUGAUGAUACUUCAGAAGUUGAUACAUUAACUAAAAAGGAUAUUCGUAGAUAAUUUAUAAAUAUUUUAUAAACAAGAUAAACUCACCAUUUAUGGCUUAAUGUUGUAGAAACAUUGUUAUUAAUAUUUAAUUGUAAAGGGCAUAGAUCACUAGAAUUACUAUAAAAAAAACUAUAUCCACUUUUAGAAUGCUUUUUAAGAUUAUACUAAAAUGUACAUGAAGAUAAUAAUAAUCAAGAUCCCCUUUAAUAAAGUAGUGUAGAUUCUAAUUUUUUUGAACGUAACACAAGUGGAUCUGCAACUAAUUCAUUAUAGUUUGGUUUAUUAUAAACUUAAAAUAUUCAUUUAAAACGAUCGUUUUCUUCUGUUAGAAAUGAGAAUGAAAUGUAAAUGAAAAUAGAUGAGUUAUUUACUUAUCUAUGUAUUAAUGGUAAAAGAUUGAUUAAUCAUUUAAUUUCUUAAAGACUUCAUUAGAUUACCCUUGAUCAUAAAUAGAAUUAAACCUCUAAUCUCAUUAAAUAAUUCAAAGAAACAGAUCCUUUAGCUUUUGUUUUCUUUAAAAUGAGUUAAAUAAUAUAAUUUGAAAAUAAGAAGCAUCUAUUUGAAUUAGACUUAGAAGCUCUCAAAAUAAGUGAAAAACCUAAUGCUCGAUCUAGAGGAAGGUAAAAUGAUACAAUUGAAAUAAAUGUUGUUAGAGAAACAAGACUACAAUAAUCAUUAGAUAAAGUUAUUAAUAUAGAUAAAGUUAAGUUUCGAAAAUGUGAUAUUAAAAUUAGAUAUUAAGGAGAAAAAGGUUAAGAUGAAGGAGGUAUUAGAAAAGAGUGGAUGACUAAUCUUGUUAAGGAUAUCUUAUAAACUGAUAAAUUUGAAUUAACAACUAAACGAUUCUAUAAAAUUAAUCCAAAUAAAAAAGCUUAGGAGGAUUUAAAUCAUUUUAAACUUUUAGGCAAAAUAAUUGCCAAAAGUAUUUAUGAUGGAUUAUUAUUACCUGUUUAUUUUAUAUCACCAAUUUUUAAGCAAAUACUCUAGAAAAAACCAAGCUUCGAUGAUCUUGAACAUUAUAAUGAGGGAUAUUAUGAUACCUUCAUUAAAUUUUUAAAUGAUGAAACUUAAGUUUAAUAUAAAGACUUAUUUGAAUUUUGGAUUCCAGAAGAAUAUGCAAAUCUUAUAGAAUAAAAUAAAAAACUUAUUUUCUCUGAUCUUCUUUAGGAUUAUAUAGAAAAACAUCCUAUUGAGUUAAAUUAAGAAUAAUAAUCUCAACAAUAGUUACAAUAGGAUUCUCAAUAACAAGUUUAAUAAAUUAACACAGAAAAAUCAACUUAAUUAUAAUAAUUAGAUUAAUAAAAAAUAUAAUCAUAAGAUUCAAACCAACAAUAAUAAUAAGAAUAAGAUUAAUAAUAAUAAUAAUAAGAUUAAUAAUAAUAAUAAUAAGAUUAAUAAUAAUAAUAAUAAUAAUAAUAAUAAUAAUAAUAAGAUUAAUAAUAAUAAGAAUAAUAAGAUUAAUAAUAAUAAGAAUAAUAAGAUUAAUAAUAAUAAUAAAAAUAAGAUUAAUAAUAAUAAUAAUAAAAAUAAGAUUAAUAAUAAUAAUAAUAAAAAUAAUAAGAUUAAGAGAUAGAGAUAGUUUAGGAAAAAUAAUAGUCAUUGUUACAAUAUCAAGAAAUUUAAUUAUUAGAAGAAGAAUUAAAAAAUUAAGAACUAUUUAUAUAAUAAUAAUAAUAAUAGUUAUUAGAUUAAUAUAUCAUUCAGGAAACAGAAAAGCUAUAAUUAAUAAAACAAAAUUUUUAUUAAUUCAAUUAGGAUGAUUUACUUGAACACUAAUAAAAAUUAUUAGAAAUUAAUUUGGAAUAAUUUGAAUAAUAAAAAUUGUUAUUAUAUCUCUAAUAGCGAAAGAAAGAAUAGUUACGAUAAUAAAAAGAAAUAUUAGAAGAAUAACGAUAAUAAUAGUUGAAAGAUCAGCAAUCAGAAGAUUAAUUUGAAUCUGAUAUAAAGGUUCCUCUUUUAAAAGAUAAUUCAGAUGUAAAAUAGAAAAAUGAAAAAGAAGAAUUUAAAAUAAAGAAAUAAUCUGAAGAUAUAACAGCAGAAGAUAUGGAGAAUAGGGAGAAGAAAAGGUUGAUUAGAAAAAAUAAAAAAAAAUAACUUAAUGAUGAGAUUUUAAAGUAAAUUAAAUUAUAAGAUGUUUUUGAAAAAUAAACAAAUUUAGUAUCAAUAAAACAUAAAAGAUUAAUAUGUGAAUGUAUUAGCAAAAGAAUUAUGUUGGAAGAGAUUAAAACCUAAAUUUAAGUAUUAAGAGAAGGAUUUUUUGAUAUUUUACCUAAAGAGUUUUUCUCAUAUAUGGAUUGGAGAGAUCUUUAAAAACUAAUUAUAGGAGUACCUUCAGUUGAUGGUAUUUUAUAUUAUUAUAUAAUUUUAGUUGAUGAUCUAAAGGCGAAUACUGAAUAUAUAAAUUACGAAAAAAAUAACUAAACCGUUUUAUGGUUUUGGGAAGUAUUGACAACCUUAAGUGAUUCUGAAAAGGCUGACUUUUUGAUGUUUGCAACAGGAAGUCCAUUAGUUCCAUUUGGGGGAUUUAAAAAUUUAAGAGGACCAAAUGGACCAAGAAAGUUCUCUAUUUCAAAAAAUUUCAAUAAAGAACAUUUCAUUAAAGCUCAUGCAUGGUAAACUUUUUAGAAAAUAUUUAGUUUUAAUCGUAUUGAUUUACCAGAAUACUCUUCUAAGGAAAUAGUUAGAGAGAAAUUGUUAAAAUCUUUAAAAGAAUCAGGUUCAGGUUUUGAUUUGAGUUGA